AUGUCGACAAAUAAAAUACCAGCUGGUAUAACAUUUGCAUAUAUUAAGACCAAAGAAAACAAUAAGAUAAUUCGGUAUGUGUCAUUAGUAAAACAUUGCUUUCAAAUUGGCUUGAAAUCGGUUACAAAUAUUUUAAACUAUAGUUUAUUUAAUUCAGACCUACAAAUUGAACACAUUCAAAUUCCUUUUCAGAUUCCUGUUAACACAAUUUACAAGAAGGAAUGGUCAUGGCAGAAAACAAAGACCCUUAUAAAGUUGCCACCUGUGCCUGGAAAUCGACGGAGGGAGUCAGUUGCAUCGUCCCUGGGUGCCGCCUCAGUCCGGCGCCUUAUUACGCGACCGCCCCAAAAACUCCCCAAACCUCUUAUUACACGGUUCACUCUUCUCUGCAUAGCAAGUGGCCUGUCCUCCACAGCUCUUCUCCCUUUCACGGCAUACGCAGGCGCCGAAGCUGGUGCCAUGCCUUUAGCUAUAAUGCACACCAUCGCGGCCAUUGCAUCACCUUUCUCUCCCAUCAUCCUACAAAAAACAGGAACCAGGAUAGUCAUUAAUUUAAGCUACGUUUUGAUUUGCGUUCUCUUAGCCGCUCAUACGGUUGAUACGCCUCUCUCUAUUCUUCUCUUUCUCUAUAGUAUUUGUGGGGUUAUGCUCUCUCCAAUGGAACUGGCUCUGGCUGCGUCUGCGACGUCUUUUUCACAAGCAGCUGGCGAUGAAUGCAGGAGGAAAAUAGCGCUGAGACGAGCGUUGAGAGCUCUUCGAGCGUCACAUGACUUGGGGCUGGUGUUGGGAUCGCUUAUGUUAGGAGGAGCAUUAUUAAUCUGGCCAGAAGAUUUAUUACCAUUACUGCAGCCAAAUUCAAUACAUAAUUAUACAACGCCAAGUUGGCCGCCAUCAGAGGAUGAUUUAGUUGAAGAAGACUUUGAGGAAAGGACAUGUGGAGCGUUCGGUUGUCCAGACAUCCAGUCACUGGUAGGCAUGGCUCUUAGUGCAGAUGGUCGCCGGGUUUUGGUAGCUGUUUGGGCGGUUAUGGCGUUAGUUGCAUCAAUUUUGGCCCUCUACGGGGCAGCUGCAACACCAUCACCACCUCCAGAUGCUCGUUCUGUGCUUAAAGAUGCCAGAGGACUUCUAGGAAUUCCCAUGGGAUUAUUUAUUGGAUUGCAACAGGGUUUUAUAUAUACUUCAUACAUUAAGUGGUACGGCGUGUGUGUAGGUGGUUGGAACGAAGCUUGGCGUGCACUUUGCGGUGCUGGAGCGCUGCAAGCGUUAGCCGCUGCUACUCUCAGUAUGGCAGCCGCUCGAGGAAGACGUGGCUAUUUAGGCGCUGGAGGUGCUGCAGCCCAUGCUUCAUUGUUGCUAGCGUUACUUCGCUGGAGAGCUGCUAAAACUGAUCUAGCUCUACCCACAGUUGCAGCCGCUGCAUGGGGCGCUUGUUCCGCUUUGUGGGAUGUGUUACAGGGUGGAAUAACAGUAGGAGGUCCUGGGUGGCGUGGGCCUUGGUCCCUUACACUCAGCGCACGACAUGCGGGGCUGGCUCUAGCCUGUGCAGCGCGACAGUUUCUCUGUGUGAGGACACAGCUCGCUGUCCUAGCACUUGCCCUUUUCACCGCCUUGUCGUCCCAUGCUGUACUGGAGCUGCGGCUUAGGAGGGAAAUCCGUCAUCGCUCCUAG